AUGGGGGUCCGGGGGCUUGGGGGCGACGCCCCCAACAACGAGUACUGCAGCGCACCACGCAGUGCAACAAACGACAGUAGUAAAAGAGCAUCGUAUUCGAGAAAUAUUGUAAUAGAGAAGACGGAAAAUGCUCUCGUGUUGUGGGUUAAAGAUUUAAUUAAAAAACGAAUCCCCGUUUACAAAGAAUUAAUUCAAGAAAAAGCCAGACAGUAUUUCAACCAACUAAAGGAUUUAGAACCAAGUUCAUCAUCCUGUUUACGAAACGUGACAUUUUCUGCGAGGAAUGGCUGGUUUACUGGAUUUUUACAACGGUACGCACUUCACAAUGUGAAGCUACAAGGCGAGGCAGCGUCCGCCGAUGAACCAGCUGCUAUGAAUUAUCGCAAAGUAUUAGCGGAAAUCAUUGAUGAUGGUGGAUAUUGCUCAGAUCAAGUAUUUAAUGCAGAUGAGACUGGGUUAUUCUGGAAAAAGAUGCCCAGCCGAACAUUCAUUGCGAAAUAUGAGAAAACUGCAAGUGGUUUUAAAGCGGAAAAGGAUCGAAUCACACUUCUUCUUUGCAGUAAUGCCUCUGGUGCAAAGAUGUUAACACCACUUAUUAUAAAUAAAGCUUUAUAUAAUAACCCGGAAUCUAUUACAGCAGAUAAAAUAUAUGCAGGGUUCCAGAUUUCGAAAAAAUUGGAAACGCAUUUUCUUAAAAAAGAUACCAAUGCGGAAAGACGCUUAGAAUUCCAAAAAGAGCUGAGAUCAUGCAUGUCUCAGUAUCGUGACGUUUACAAGCAAUUGACCAGUCGACCGUCGUCACAAAAACUGAUCACUGACUUUAUGGUACCAAAAACAAAUCAAUUGAAAUCCUAUCUUCAAGCGACGAAAGCGAUUUUCAACCAAUUCAUCACAAGAAGAAGAUGCGCGUUUUGGAUUACGACGAGUAGCAGUAAACUAUUUAAUGUAUAA